AUGGCAGCACCAACAGAACGAUUUCAUGUGUUAUCACAGCUUGAUCAUUUGCAGUCAAAAUAUACAGGUACUGGACAUGCCGAUACAACGAGAUGGGAAUGGCUCGUUAAUCAGCAUCGUGACACAUAUGCAUCAAUGAUCGGUCAUCCAGACCAUUUAAGUUUGAUAGCAGUAUGCGAAAACGAAUCGCGAGCUAGGGUUCGGUUCAAUCUAUUGAAUCAAAUGAUUGCGCCUUGUGGACCACCACCUGAAAAGUCUCCACUUGAUGAAUGA